AUGGGCGGCAACCUCAGAGUUGGCGUCAUUUCUCCGUACCGCCGCCGCGUGUUCGCCAAUUCGCGUUCGGAGCAGUCUCCCAGUUUCUCCGACGCAGUUGCUUUGCCCGCAACUGCACCAGGCCCGGUAAACGACUCCAGACGUUUCUUGCCGUGGCAGUGGGUCUUUCGGUCUCAUCGCCUGACGCCUCAUGGUGGCCUCCGGUCUGUGUGCAACACCAACCCCAAGUGGUGCAACCGAUCGCUUCUUCUUCUUCUUCUUCUUCCCCCUCUUCUUCUUCUUCUUCUUCUUCUUCUUCUGACCAACUAG